CGUUUAACGUUCCGUUUCUUCGAAAAACGCCGCCAUGCAUUCGGCGAUCAGUACACUGUAAUAUGUACUUGUCUUUGGAAAAAUAAGCGUGGAGCACAUACAUGCGUAAGAAAAUGCAUUUUUGGGCCCCGAGAAGUGAAUACACAAUUUAAAAAAAAAAGUGUUUAGAUGAAGUUCUAAUUUGUAAUACCUGUCAUAUCUUGUAAUAAAACAACAGCGGCCAAUAAUCGGUCGCAAUUGAUUAACGUCCGUAAAAGUCCGAAAUCGAAAUCUGGAUCGAAGUUUCUACGUCCACUUGGGAGCAGUAAUCUUAAAGUAAGAAACGAAAAUGAUGAUGCAAAAUUCAGUGACGAAACGUAAAACGUUGAUCUUCGCCUUCUUCGGCAUAGCUUUAGGACUUUGCAUUGGCACCGUUCUCAAAAAUUAUCGCGCACUUGAGAUCGUCAAACGUUGCAGCAUGAAACCGAGUAGUCAGCAGUCACCUUUCGAAAUCAUUGGCAUGAAUCCGGAGGAGGAAACGAUAAGAACCUCUCAGCGAAAUCUUGUAUUCGUCGGGAUUAUGACAGCGAAGAAUUUCAUCGAUGGGCGUGCUCGAGCCGUUUACGAUACUUGGGGUAAAGAAGUACCUGGUCGUAUAGCGUUCUUCAGUUCGGAAGGCUCUUACUCGAAGGAGUUGCCGGUAAUAGGUUUAAAGAACGUUGACGAUCGCUAUCCGCCACAAAAGAAAUCAUUUAUGAUGCUCUAUUAUAUGUAUGAACACUAUAUUGACAAAUUUGAAUGGUUCAUACGCGCCGAUGAUGACGUCUACAUCGAACCAGAGAAACUGGAACGCUUUUUACGUUCGAUCGACAGUUCCAAGCCGCAAUUCAUAGGUCAAGCUGGUAAGGGCAAUAGUGAAGAGUUUGGCCUACUAUCGCUGGAGUUUGAUGAAAAUUUUUGCAUGGGCGGACCUGGUGUAAUAUUGAGUAGCGAGACCCUGCGCAGGGUUGCUCCGCACAUACCUACUUGCUUGAAGAAUCUGUAUAGCACACAUGAAGACGUGGAGGUGGGACGUUGCGUGCAAAAAUUUGCUGGCAUACCGUGUACCUGGAAUUAUGAGAUGCAAUAUAUUCUGAGACAUAACUCAAGCGGUCCAUACGCAUUCACUGGUAAAUUAAAACGUAAGGAAAUACACAACGCUAUCUCUCUUCAUCCGAUCAAGCAAUCACCGCUGAUGUAUCGCCUGCAUUCCUUCGUACAGGGCCUUAAAGCAGAGGAAAUACGGCAAGAGUCACUCGAGUUACAUCGAGAUAUUAAGCGCAUGGCUAGUUUUUUGGAAAUACCGGACGAUAGCAAGUAUUUGGUACCUGGCAUUGAGUUAAUACCCGAAAAGACUAACAGCGAUCAGCACUACGAAGAUCAUAACAUUUUAGGCAUUGCUCCGGAUCUGAAGAAAUCGAGGCCUUCGUCAACAGCUGAUCUCCUCGAAUGGUCGUUCAUUGCUCGAAGUCUCUACUCCAGUGAAAAUGCGAACCCAAAGCACAAAAUCGAUUCGGCGUUGCGCGAGGGGCUCGAAGACGUUAUCACAGAAGUUAUGGAGAAUAUAAAUAAUUAUUCCCGACAAAGGGGUCGCGUUAUUGAAUUUCGGGAACUACUCUACGGCUACAAUCGAUUGAAUCCUCUGCAUGGACAAGAUUUAAUACUCGAUCUCUUGUUGAUCUAUAAACGGUAUCGAGGCAAAAAGAUGACUGUACCAGUGCGUCGUCAUUUGUAUGUGCAACGCGCUUUCACUGGUACUUUUGUGAAGGAAUUCAACGAGGACUUCUACAACUACACGCUACAAACAAGCUAUCUCAACCACAUGCUGAGCUCAGGAAUCGAACGAUUUUCAAAACAUUUUACACUGCCCGGUUUGCCAGCCUCUACUGAAACGGCGAAAAUCGUAUUUAUCCUACCCAUCGCCGGGCGUUAUGCCACAUUCCAGCGUUUUUUGACCACCUAUGAACGUAUAGCAAUAGAACAGGAUACGAAUUGCGAUUUACUGGUGGUCGUCUUCGGCAACAGCACCAGUGUUCAAGCACACUUACAACUCUUGCUGGAUUUGCGUCAGCGUCACAUUUACGAGCACAUAAACUACAUACAACGGAAUGAAGAAUUUUCGCGUGGUGUGGCCUUAGAUGUGGCCGCACGUUCAUCUUAUAUACAAGCCGAUGACAUAAUGCUCUUCAUCGACGUAGAUAUGGUAUUUCAAUUGGAAACAUUGCAGCGCAUCAGAAUCAAUACGGUUCAAGGGCGACAAGUAUAUUUGCCAAUCGUGUUUAGCCAGUAUGACCCGAAGAGACGUUGGACAGGCCCAAAUGUUGAGAAUGCAUUUACAGCACCUGACGAAAUUACCAAUGAAUCUGGCUACUUUCGUCAAUUUGGAUAUGGCAUUUGCGCAAUCUAUAAAUCGGACAUCCUCGAUGAGGACAUAAAUGGAUUUGAUAAAGAUAUCAGCGGAUGGGGAUUAGAGGAUGUAAAAUUCUUAGAUAAAAUCGUUAAGGUUGGUAACCGCCGAAACGAUUUCCUAGUCAAUACUGCCGAGGUUCCACCCCAAUACAAUGAGGCAGCGAAAAAAAUGAGGCAACUCAGUAUAUUCCGCGCCCCAGAUCCGACAUUAGUGCACAUAUUUCAUGAUAUUAGUUGCGAUGUCAAACUUGAUGGCCCGCAAUAUAAUAUGUGUCUAGGGACGAAAGCAAACUCGCUGGGUAGCACGCAAUUUAUGGAGCAAUUAUUUUAUAGCAAUAGGGAGAAUAUAGAUUUCAUUUUAGAAUUGAAUCGCAGAAAGGAGCAAAGCUGAGGUGACAUGGAAACAGUCAAAAAUUUAGAAAUACUUAAAAAAAAAUUUUUUUAGGCACCCGUUAAAAAAACUUAAUCGCGUUUUUAGCUAUAACUUUCUUUUUCGAUGUCAGAUUUUUUAAAUCUUUAUGUCGCCAAAAAGGUCUCGCUAAGAACUACAUAUAAUUAUCCCCUAAAUGAUUUGGCCUUUAAAACCGUUUUUAUUUAUACCUUCACUAAUUUGUGAAUUACUAUCCCUAGUUGUUUACGUCAAUAACUAUAAGGUCAAGAUGCAGGGACAGUCGUCGAGAGUUCUAGCUUUAAUUUAAGCCUAAGUGGAAGGUUCCAUCACCUUUUAUUUUUUUUUUUCUAGAGCUUCCCAACUAUAACACCGAGUUUUUUUUAAUACCGUUAAUAUGGGAAGUGGGCGCUUUUGUGGACGGAUUUUGUUUAUAUUAACACCUUCUACUAAUUUUCACUAAAGAAGCUUGUGUUCCAAAUUGAAGCGUCUAGAAUUUCUCCCACUGUGCGGCGAUUGUAUUUUUAUGAGAAGCUGUUCUUCAUGGCAGAAAUAUACUCGGGAGUUUGUCAUUGUCUGCCGAGGGGCGACCGCUAUUAGAUAAAGUUUUUCUUUUCUUUUGAUCCCUGACCAGCGGGAUGGUGGAGCUUACUUUUACCACUAUUACAUGCCGAUUUGUUGGUAACUUGUUCUUUAAUAGAUUCUUCGGUUCAGAAAGCAUUUUUUACAGCUACGAUCGGUUUUACCGAAAAUUUCUUACCUUCCAGAAAAUAAUUUUUUUGGUAUUAAAUAUUUGUUUUAUUACUAUUCGAAGUUUUUUCCCAACUGCGUUAUAAUCGGCCAAGUGUACCAACAUUUUUCAAUGGUCGAGUUAUUUCCAUACAAAAUGCGUUAAUUUAGAUCAUGAAAAGUUAGAUAAAAAUAAAUAAUAAAGUCGUCAUCACUUUUAAAGAGAGUACAAAAAUAAAAAAACUUGGGAUAAUAUUUCCAAAACUAGUGAAGGUAUAAAUUAAAACGGUUUUAAGGCCAAAACAUUUUAAGGGGCAAUUAAAGUCCCGAGUGCGACCUUUUCGGCGACAUAAAGAUUUUCAACAUCAGACAUCGAAUAAGAAAGUUAAAAGCCAAAAACGUGAUUUAGAUGGUUUUAACGGGAGCCUAAACAAAUUUUUGUUUACUCCCAAAGUGUUUUCUCGAAAUAAGUGUUCAAAUAAAACUGGCACUAACUUUUUUUCGUGAUACGCCUUAAUUGUGUACAUACGCCACUGGAAGACCUUUUAAAACGUCCCUAUGGUUAUUAGUUAUCAAUGACAAUUACAGACUUUAUAAGCAUAAAA